AUGUCGGCGCCGUGCCUGCGCCUGCCCGCCGCCGGGUCAGCACCGGCGGAGGCGGACAGCGCCGGCGGCAUGGAGCCGCCCGGGGCCGCCGCCCUGGAGCUGGCCCUGGAGGAGGAGCUGGCACUGCUGGCCGCCGCCGGGGAGCCGCCGGAGCCGCCGCCCGCCGCCGCCGCCCGCGACCCCGAGCUGCUCUCGCUGAUCCGGCAGAAAGAGAAGGACCUGGUGCUGGCGGCGCGGCUGGGCAAGGCGCUGCUGGAGCGCAACCAGGACAUGAGCCGGCAGUACGAGAGGAUGCACAAGGAGCUCACCGACAAGCUGGAGCACCUGGAACAAGAGAAGCACGAACUGCGGCGGCGAUUUGAGAACAAGGAGGGCGAGUGGGAAGGAAGGGUGUCUGAGCUGGAGAGCGACGUGAAGCAGCUGCAGGACGAGCUGGAGAAGCAGCAGGUGCACCUGCGCGAAGCCGACCGCGAGAAGACGCGCGCUGUCCAGGAACUCUCCGAGCAGAACCAAAGACUCCUGGACCAGCUCAGCAGGGCGUCCGAGGUGGAGCGGCAGCUCUCCCUGCAGGUCCACACCCUCCGGGAGGACUUUCGGGAGAAGAAUUCCUCCAGCAGCCAACACAUCGUGCGGCUGGAGAGCCUCCAGGCCGAGCAGGUCCUUGAAAUCAAAAUGCUGACAGACAGGAAGCGGGAGCUGGAGCAUCGCCUCAGUGCCAUGAUGGAGGAGAACGACCUCCUCCAGGGAACUGUGGAGGAGCUGCAGGAUCGAGUCCUCAUCCUGGAGAGACAAAGCCAUGACAAAGACCUGCAGCUGCACCAAAGCCAGCUGGAGCUCCAGGAGGUGAGGCUGUCCUACCGGCAGCUGCAGGGCAAGGUGGAGGAGCUCAGCGAGGAGAAAAGUCUCCAAAACCUCAACACAACCAGCACAUCCCUGCUCUCUGAGAUAGAGCAAAGCAUGGAGGCAGAGGAGCUGGAGCAAGAACGAGAACAGCUGAGGCUGCAGCUCUGGGAGGCGUACUGCCAGGUCCGCUACCUGUGCUCCCACCUGCGGGGCAACGACAGCGCCGACUCGGCCGUGUCCACCGACUCCUCCAUGGACGAGUCCUCAGAAACCUCAUCAGCCAAAGACGUCCCCGCCGGGAGCCUGCGCGCUGCGCUCAGCGAGCUCAAGAGACUGAUACAGAACGUGCUGGAUGGGGCAGACUCCACGAGCUCUCGGCGAAGCGACGACGACACCUUAGAGGAGCAGAUCAGGAGAACAAGUGAGGAUUCGCGAGCCCUGAGGGAGUUAAUGGAGGGAGAACGGGGGAAACUGAGGCAGAGUUUGGAGGAGCUGCAGCGACUGCACAGCCAGGUGACGCUGCUGAGUGUGGAGAUGACGACGCUGAAGGAGGAGCGGGACCGGCUGCGCGGCGCUGCCGAGGACAAGGAGGCGAGCGAACGGCUCCUGCAGGCCAUCAGGGACCGCGACGAGGCCAUCGCCAAGAAGAACGCGGUGGAGGUGGAGCUGACCAAGUGCAAGAUUGACAUGAUGUCCCUCAACAGCCAACUCCUGGAUGCCAUCCAGCAGAAGGUGAACCUCUCACAGCAGCUGGAGGCCUGGCAGGAUGACAUGCACAGGGUCAUUGACCAGCAGCUGAUGGACAAACACCCGAAGGAAUGGAGCCAGCUUGCUUAUUCCUUCUCCAGUGGCUCCGGCGCCAAGCGGAGUGCCAGGCCCUCCCCUGCCUUCAGGCCGGAGCAGCAGGGGGACGAGCCCGUCGGGGCCGAAGGGAACCGUCUCUUCUCCUUCUUCAAGAAAAAUUAACUUGGAAAAGAGAAAACUCUCCAGCAAUUCCUGCUUCAAGAUGGGGAGUGGGGCAGCUGCCCAGCUUGCUGAUGGACCCAAGUCUGAUCCACUGAGUAAAAAAGAAGGGGGCAAAGGAGUUAACCCUUGAGACUCUGCACUAUUUACACCGCACCUGGUCUGAACCAAAUGUUUACAUGAAUUGGAGAUUUGCAAAUUGACAAUGUGAUUCUAGUAGAAAGAAACUUUUCUUAUUCUAUAAGUGAAGUGAUAAACUUCAGGGUAUAUUUUAGGCGCUUUGACACAGUCCAGUUUCUGCUGUGAAGAAUACUCUGAUUGUCUUAAAAGCAUUCUUAUGCUGGAGAAGGAAAUAAGCAGCCCCAAGACAGAGUGGUGCAGGGGACUGAGAACUGCUGUCACAGCGAGCCCAGGGGGAAGAAGAGGGCUGAAUGCAAGAGGACAGAGGGGAGCCAUUUGUACCACCCUGGCAGCUGUGACAUCCUUCAUCCAUCCCACUGAGACUGGAGUCACUCUGGCCCCAGCAUUCCCGUGUUUUGACAAAUGUAGCUUUCUCCAUGCUGGAAGUUGAGCCCUCACUGCAGAUCCUGCCUGGCACCAUCUCCCCUGGAGCUCUGUGUGGCUGUUCACCCUCGCUGGGAUCCAGGCUCCUGGCAGCUCAGGACAGGGCACACAUAGGUGGUGUCACUGUCCUCUCCUGCUCUCUCCUGUUACAGAGGUAAGAGUUGCAGGCUGUAGCUACACAGAUUUCUCCCCAGGAGACUGACCAUCUACAACAGAUUACAGACUGGAUAAAAGUUGUGCAUGUUCAGUCCUGGGGCACCUGCUGUUACUCCAAUGGCCAAAAGUAGUUUGGGAGCUUCAGCAAGUCACAUACCUCUCCCCAAAGCCAUACACAUCUCCCAAACAGAGUAAAAAAACUGUCAUUUUAACUGGAUAGGCCCCCAAAAGCCUAACUAAUAAUUCACUGAGAGCCUACUCCCAACGAUGUCAGUCAGUCUUUGACACUGGGUUGGCAGACUGGAUCCUCAGAAAGCACACUGGCAUCUGCCUUCACUGAAGCCAAAGGCCAUCAGGGUGUCUACAAAGCUCUGGAAAGCCUGCAGGUUACUCUGCCCUAUGCAGUAACAUUGGCUAUGGCCUGACAGAAAGGAGUAUUUGUCCCUGCCUGUGGGUCAUUUGCUACUCAGCCCUUUGGUGAGCAGGUAGCCAAAGGUCCCUUUGAUCAAAGAUGACCAGAGUCUGCUUUGCCUGACUUGAUCAAGAAGAAGGAACGUGGCUCUUUUGGUGUAUGCACACAGCAGUGCUGGAAAUCCUGCAAUACUCAAGUAGGGACCUUCCCUCUGCACUGCAUGGGCACUUUACAGCUCUUCUGUUCUGUCAGUCUGCCAUCAUGAGCCAGUGAGGAGCACCAGGCUCAGCUCAGAGAUGUCCUGCUGCUGUCAUGCAAUUUUCACACAUUGUCUCAGCUCAUUAUACCCACGGGCCCCAGUUUGUUUCCUGCUGCUUUAAAGAGGCCACCACCUACACUGUCCCACAGCAGAGCUGGGUGAACCUUCAGCUCUGCCCUGCUCUGCAACUUCGGUGCUAACACACCAUCCCACAGGGAGCUGCUGUCUCUGCUCGCUAACAGGAACAAGCUUUCUGUUAGAGGAGGUGCCAAACACCUUCUAAGCAGCAGGUAAGAGGCUGGUGGCUUGGGUUUUAGUAUGAUUCAGCUUACACCUGUGGGAUAGAACAUCCAUAAUACCUCAGUGCAAAUAUCCUUUCUGCCUGUGAAGAUUUGAGCACUCCCAUAUUUCCUUGUUAGCAUGAAACCACCACACUGGUAUGAAACCAUCUUGCACUAAGGCAGCCCUGGGUUGCAAGGAGCAGAGUGCUCUGACAUUGGCAAUGAUAGUAAAGAGCUGAGUGGUAAAACCCAUCUACAGGAAAGCAAUGAACUCUGGAUUGCAGAGCCUGCUUCAGGAAAUACUUGGGAAAAGCCGCACCAAUAGAGCUCGAUGCUUAUGGGCAAUCAGGAGCCUCACAGGCAGGGAAGGAAAGUGAACCUUGGCCUCUCCUUUCUAGGCAAUGCUCAGCUGUUGAGAUUCUGCUUGUAGCCACUUGUGCAAGCCAGGGAAGGGCUGCAGUGCAGUGCCACAUGUUCUCUGUCCUCAUCCUCCCAUCCUGCCUGUACUGUGACGCUGGAUAGGGCAGGGACACGAGGCACAAGCUCAGCAUCUCCUGCUGCCAGGACUCAGUCACACCCACAUGCAUUUCCCCAACCUUUGAUACCUGCAAAAUGAGGUGUGGCUGCACGGAUGCCAGUGACACAGUGACACCUGUGACACAGUGACACCUGUGAACACUGAAAACAAUGCUCUUUCACAGGAGAGCCAUGUGAACAUCUCGGUCCUGAUGGACCUUUCUUCUGCUGACAGUUGUCAUUUCCCAGACCCUACCAACUCUAUUGAAGCCACAUGCCCAGCAGUUGUGUGGGACUGUACCCCAGUGAGGAUGAAUGGAUGGAUGGAUGGAUAGAUGGAUGUAAGCCUAAGGCAAGGGCUUAAGUUAUGCCAUGAAGAUGCAGUAUUGAGAUGAAGAAAGGUGCCUUCUGUGAUGUUUGCUGAGGAAAGUGACUCAUUCAGUUGCAGGGGCAGGCACAGCACAUCUCCUCAUUUAAGGAGAAUCCUUAAUCCCAUUGCAGUUUUAUUUAUUUAACGAGAGUGACAGAAGAGAUUGCAAGAGGAAAGUCAGCAUGUUCUAAGGUGCCAGUUGGGUAUGGUUUCUUCAAACAAGCCCCUUCACCCUAAAGACUUAGUUGCACUACUAAACCCAGAGAUACAAGAGAACUGGGUGUAAUGAACUGGACAACACACCAAAGGAGACCUCCUUGUGCUGAGCUGCUACUUCACAGAACAGACACUGCCUUAACACAGCAGCUAGGUUUUGUCUUCUGUCUUGGAAAACCUCACCCGUGCAGUCCUUCACACCCAUUUAUCACAUUGUGUUUUAACAAGGUCCCGACUACUUCACCCUGUGCUGUCAUUAACACGCUCACCUCCCUCCUGUCAUGGCCAGGAGCCUGGAAUCAGCCUUGCAGUGCUGGUUAGAAGACACUUCACUUGUGGUACUUGACUCUUGCAGGACACACACGGUGCAAAGGAAACAUCGGCUCCAGGGGAUGAGAUGGAGGAAGCACAUUAAUCCAGCAGGUACUCAGGAUCCCAAAGGAGAUUUAAGGAAUGGGAUCAGCAGCUCUAAACACACCCCUCAGCCCUGCUUUUGAGAUAAUGGUAAAUAAAACAGUAGUGCUGCACAGUCACUGUUCAAAUAUUGCACAGAGAAGAGAUGCCUGCUGAGAUUAAGGCUACAAAGGACUUUCCCACAGGGAACAGGUGACUGUUUGGGCAAAUGUUUGUUACGCCAGCCUGAGGGAAAAGGGAUCAGUCUCCCCUUCCUAAACUCUGCAAGGGAAGCAAUUGUGAACAAGGAACAAAUGCAAAUGAAAGGCAAGUCACUAGCACUUUAUCUUCAUACAAACUUAGAUCAGCAACUUGCCAUGGAGAUGAACAGUAAAUCGAAAAGUUACUGACAACAGAGUCAUUUUGCACAGAGAGCAGGAAGUGAAGCUGCAGGCAGGGCCACAUGCACUUGUCCUACUUAGAAUGGUAAAUUCCAGAUAUGCCUCUCCAUCAGGCAAACUCUCUACUCCCCACUCUGCUAUAAAAAGCAAGAUUGUUUGAACCAAAAAGCCAAGAAAGGAAGUGUCUGGGUGCUGCAGCAAUGAUUCCCUUGGAUUGAGAGGGAAAAAGCACACAGCAGGGACAAGCAGAAAGAAUGUACCUAUAGAUAUGUACAUAUACCACAGUGCUGUAAUUUUUGUAUGUAGCAGUCAUGUAAAUAAAUGUAUGGUUUUUAUAAGAUACAUAUUAUAAAAAUCUAUAAAGGCAUAUUUUUAGUAAAAACAAUGCUCUACUUCUUUUGUAAAUAGUUCUCUUCAGAAUAAAACAGAUCAUUUAUAGAA